GCACAGCCGGCUCCCGGGAGUCUUCGUCUGACCGCCAGGAUGGAGCUGGGGCCGGCGCCCAAGACCUUCGCGCUGGAGCCCCGGUGUCUGGAAGAUGGGGGCGCAGGGCCUGACACCCUCUCAGGUGGCGGCGGUGGGAGUGAGAGCCAGGAGGAAGAGGCUCCAGAGAGGACCAGCCCACCACAGUCAGUCAUCUCAGUCCCAAAGUGGGUCAAGAGCACCAAGGAGGCCCAGCUGGCACAGCAGGAGCUGCAACCACAGCGGUUAGAACCGCAGCCAGAGCUGCAACAACCGCCACAGCAAGAACAGCGACGACAGCCGCAGCCACAGAACCAGCCACCGGGACGCCGGUCAGCACUGCAGCCACCGCAGCAGAAUGGACAAGAACAGCUGCAGGAACGACAAGAAAAACACCAACCCCGGCAACAUCUGCGACCGAAGUCACGGCUGCCACCGGUGCAACAGGUGCAGGAGCAGCAAGCGCCGCCGCCGCAGCGAGGACUCCAGGAAGAACCCCGGCCUGUGCCACCUGAGCCCCCGAAGCCACAACUACAGCUGGUGCAACCGCAGGAAGAGUCACACGCGCAGCAAGGACAAGAGCAGCAGCAGUUGGAGCAACAGCAGGAACGGUCAGGACAGCAGGCACAGCUCCAGCAGCAGCAGCAGAAGCAAGGCCAGUCACAGAUACAGGCACAGCUCCAGCAGCAGCUGUUGCAGCAGCAGCAGCAACAGUUACAGCAGCAGCAGUUGUUACAGCAACAGCAGCUGCUGCAGCAGCAGCAGGAACAGUUACAGCGGCAGCUGUUGCAGCAGCAACAGUUACACCAGCACCUGCUGCAACAGCAACAGUUACAACAGCAGAUGUUGCAACAACAACAGUUACAGCAGCAGCUGUUGCUGCAGCAGCAAGAACAGUUGCAACAGCAGCAGCUGCAGCGCCGUCCACUGGAGCCAGAGGAGGAGGAGGAGGUGGAGCUGGAGCUCAUGCCAGUGGACAUGGAGUCGGAGCAGGAACUGGAGCAGCAGCAGCAGGAGGUCCAGCGGCAGCAGGAGCUGGAGCGACAACAAGAACAGCGGCAGCUGCAGCUCAAACUGCAGGAGCAGCUGCAGCAGCUGGAGCAGCACCUGCAGCAGCAACAGCAGCUGGAACAGCAGCAGGAGAUGCAGCUGGAGCUGACCCCCAUGCAACCUGAGCUGCAGCUGGAGCUGGUGCCCACUGCGGGGGCAGGCCCGGCUUCAAGACCUGGCGCCUCGGGACCUGUCAUGGUGGGCCCCCCGGGCUAUGUGGUGCUGCAGGAGCUCAUGGUGCUGCCAGCCGGCGCCCCGCUGCAGCCAGCUGUGGCUCCACUGCCGCCGGCCGUGGCCCUACCGCCACCAGCCGUGGCCCUACCGCCAUCAGCUGUAGCCCUACCGCCACCAGCUGUGGCCCCCCUGCCUCCAGCCGUGGCCCUACCGCCACCAGCCGUGGCCCCCCUGCCUCCAGCCGUGGCCCUACCACCACCAGCCGUGGCCCUACCGCCAUCAGCUGUAGCCCUACCGCCACCAGCUGUGGCCCCCCUGCCUCCAGCCGUGGCCCUACCGCCACCAGCCGUGGCCCCCCUGCCUCCAGCCGUGGCCCUACCGCCACCAGCUAUAGCCCUGCCGCCACCAGCUGUAGCCCCGCCGCCUCCAACCGUUGCCCUGCCAGCCAUGGCCCCGCCGCCGCCUCCGCCACUACCGCCACCGCCGCCACUGCCACCGCCCGCCGUGGCCCCACCGCCACUGGCCGUGGUGCCCAUCUCAGGCCCCGCGGGUAGCGCCGCCCUGACACCAGCCCGGCAGCGGCGCCGGCGGCGCGCCCGGGAUCGGCCGACCAUCUGCGGCGAGUGCGGCAAGGGCUUCAGCCGCAGCACCGACCUGGUGCGGCACCAGGCCACGCACACGGGCGAGCGGCCGCACCGCUGCGGGGAGUGCGGCAAGGGCUUCUCGCAGCACUCGAACCUGGUGACGCACCAGCGCAUCCACACGGGCGAGAAGCCCUACGCCUGCUCCUACUGCGCCAAGCGCUUCAGCGAGAGCUCGGCCCUGGUGCAGCACCAGCGCACGCACACGGGCGAGCGGCCCUACGCCUGCGGCGACUGCGGCAAGCGCUUCAGCGUCUCGUCCAACCUCCUGCGCCACCGGCGCACGCACUCGGGGGAGCGGCCCUACGCGUGCGAGGACUGCGGCGAGCGCUUCCGCCACAAGGUGCAGAUCCGCCGCCACGAGCGCCAGCUGCACGGGGCCGGCCGCGCGCGGGGCCUGGGGCUGCUCCGCACCACGCGCUCGGCCGCGGGCGGGCUGCGCACCGGGCAGGUGGCCGGGGGCAAGGCUCCGUGAAGGGAGGAGCCGGCUCGUCUGGUUGGGACGUCAUGGCCCGCUCGCUCUGGGGCACUUUGGGAUAUCCUGGAAUCGCGCGUGGAAAAGGCUUCCGUCUUUCCUCAGAAUCACCUGCGGGAGGGACACGUUCACCCUCAGAAACGCUCCGCGAGAGAAGCCAGCGUGUCUGGCACCGCACAGAUGUUGCACGUCAGCUCACACACAGGCACACAUCGCACUGGGUACCGGAGGCCGCCAACGUGCCAGCUGGGCACAUUGGAUUCUGAGAUGAGAGCCACCCGAGAAAACUUUCAGGGGCCCAUGGGACCGUCCGUUGGCACGGAUCGAACACUAACCAGGGGAUCAAACAUACCCGGUAAAAUGCACGGGAAAAGGACUUGACCCGGUGAAAAUUACUUCAAGGAAAUAGAGGAGAAUGGCCACUUGUCUGCACCAGCAGAAGGCGGAUCAAGGCGCGACAAGUCCUCAGUGGCGUGUGCCCUGAAAAUACUUUCUCCAGUGAAAUUCGUCAGGGUGGCUAGAACCCCGACUUCAGCGUGUGUGUUCUUGAACACAGGGUCGGAGUGCCCGCUGGGCCAAUGUGCAAAUGCCAGGAAGUCCUGCUCUGGGCGGGAGGUGGAGCCUUUCCUCCAGGGCCGCCGGCUCCUCGCCAGCGUGGGAGGGAAGCUGUAGCCUCUGCUGUGUGUCCCCGUGUCCUCUUUUUAAAAGAAAAAAAAUGUUUUUAUUGAUUUCAGAGAGGAAGGGAGGGGGAGAAAGGGAUAGAACUUCAAUGAGGAGAAUCAUUGAUCAGCGGCUGCCUCUUGCACGCCCCCUACUGGGGAUGGAGCCUGCAAACCGGGCAUGCGCACUGACCGGGAAUGGAUGUGACCUGGUUAAUGGCCAAUGCUCAACCACUGAGCCACACGGGAGGGGCAGUGCCCUCUUGAAUAGAAGCCUAUGGCUGAAGCAGAGGGCAUUCUGGGAGAGCUGUCCAAGGUCCAAGGGAGUGAUCCCCCUGGAAAGAGCUCUGGGAUUCCCUCCUUUCCCUGCAGGCCUGUAGCUCUAGGCUUCUCAGACGUUUGCCCAGCAGCUGAGGUUGGGGUUAGGGCCCUGGGGCACGGGGUCUCCUGGGCCAGGCUGUGCAGGGGGCUGGACUGAGCAGACCUGCCUCAUCAUUGGGGGUCCAGGGAGAAUGUUGGGGACAAGGACUGAGACAUCAAAAAUGCCCUUUACAUUUACAGAAUCAUCUGGGGGUCGCUGAUGUCCAUGGGAAGGCAGGCGGGUGGGGAGGCUGCCCCCCACUGCCGCCCCCAGCGCUGCCUGCUCCUGGCGUCCUGUCCUACCUGUGGCUGCGUGUGUCCUGCCCUCUUUCCUCCCGGCUUCUCCUUUACUAACACAACCUGCUACGUUCCACAAACGUGUUGGUAGGUGAGAAACAGAAAAUAAACAAGUGGAGAAACGCAUUGUCCUAUCUGUGUAUUUACCUCUGAAAUUUUUUUUUUAAUCCUCACCUGAGGAUGUUU